AUGGGGCUUUCCCCGUUUGCUGUUCAUCACAAUAAUGUGUGUUAUAAAAAGGUUUCUCCGGCCCGAAACACAAACUUGGCACUGCGUUUUCAUUGUCAGCAUGCACAAGAAACCAGAACGAGAAAGGCCCAAACGUUAGGCUUUAUUCGACAUACAGCGUUCAAAAAACGUCAUGUCGCCUUACAGUUUGCCUAUCUUGGUUGGAACUAUAGUGGUCUAGCAAUGCAAAAAGGCUAUCCGCUGACAAUCAUGCAGAAAAUAAUGGAGUCGCUGCAAAAGUGCCGGCUCGUUGAAGAGACUGACACUCCUCAGUUUGCUGUAUGUGGACGAACGGACAAAGGUGUUAGUGCAGUAAAUCAGGUAUGCCCCCCCCCCGAUUCUGGUCCUUCGUGCAGUGAACGACAAAUCCCAUCCAACGAGUUGGACUAUGUUUUUCUACUGAAUAAAGUUCUUCCUCCUGACAUUCGUGUGAUCGCUUGGUCUCCAGUUGAACCGGAUUUUAAUGCUCGGUUCAGUUGCACACAGCGAGCCUAUUGCUAUUUCCUCCCACUGAGUGGAUUGAACCUAGAGGCUAUGCAAGUUGCUGGUCACCGUCUUGAGGGUACACAUGAUUUUCGCAACUUCUGCUCAAGUCCAGUCGACGAGGGAAUAGUCACUUUUGUCCGCCGAAUCGAUCGAGUACAUAUUCAGUCUUCCGGUCCGGAAUGCUCAGCACAACCUCCGCAAAUGGCGACACCCUUAUGUUUCAUGGACUGUAUCUUACGUCAGCAUUACCGAUCCGUCUGUACCAUCAAAUUAUUUGCUUACCCAAUGCAAACUCAAUAG